UUUUUCUCAGCCAGUGUGGACGUGGGAGCGGACAAGAUAGAGACUGUAACAUCAGGGCAGGCGCUCCCACCUUCCGCAUGGCAAGAAGACUUGGAUGACAACACAGUGGGUUGUGUGGUCUCAGGAGUUACGCAGUGCCUCUCUUGCGGCAUUCUACUCUGUUUUGCUUCCGCUAUGUCUGAAAUAACAUGCCUAGUAGUGCACGGCAAACGGAAGAAGGUUAUUGCUAUCGGCGGUGAACACAAGUUGUGCGACCUGGAAGCAGCUAUUCAGCGCACUUCGCUGAAGAAUCUGGCGUCAAAGACGCAGUUCCAGGUCUUCAAUAAACGUUUCAAGGAAUACGUGGACGUGGAUGACGAUACAACGUUGCAAGACGAUGACCUAAUCCAGAUUCUGUCAAGUGAAAAGGACGACGCACCACCUGGCCAUAGCGAAGCCGGACCAUCAGUACCGGAGGACCGACCAGUAACUGUAGUGAGAUUGGAACAGCCUAGACCGGUGGCACAACUCCCCUACAUAAUUUCAGAGCCGCCAUGUGACAUCGACCAGGAGGUGAAGAUCUUAACGGGCAACAAAGUACCGGACCCUCUGCGGACGAAAAUCGUGCGCUGGCUAUACUCUGAUAUUCUGCGCUACACAUUGUACCCAGCUAAGCUGAACCUUUACUACGAAUCUGCGCGGCAGUUAGUUCUGAAAUAUCCAGCACUGAAGGACAGCACGGGCAGCGGUUUCGGAUCUUGGCAACGCUCCAUAAACUUCCGGACAAAAAAUGAGAGGAAAAAGAUGACAGAGGUUCCUGAGGUAGCGGCUGCUAAGGAGCGUCGGCAGAAAUCCUCCAGGAAGAGGCCCAGUUCAGACCAGCCCACUGAGGUGUACACAAAGAGAGGCCGUCCGUCGUUUAUGCCAAGCUGUGCGGGCGAGGAUGACACUUCAAUCGAGGAACACAAACAGUCGAUGAUUCGAGAGAUGAGGAAGAACGCACAGGUUUCAAGUGCUUUGAUUCACGAUUCGAUGGAGCGAACUGCGUCAGCCCGCAGAACAUGGAUCAUCGAAUGUCCGCGUUCUGUUCAAGAUAUCCUUGCACAGUGGCCUGCUUUAAAUCUGAGAGAGGAGAUAUGCAGCGAGUCCAAGCGAAUAACUGGCGUCGACCUUGAAUGCUCGAUGCAGGCCUUCAUCAGCAAUCACCGUGCUGCAGUCCUGAGCCGUGCGGCGCAGAGACACUCGGCUACACACGUCAUGGAAAGGCACGAGCAGAAAAUGAAGGAAGCGAAAAGUGAAGAAGAAAAAGAUGGCUUCAUGGCGGUGACGACCCUCUGUGCACUUCCGCAUCUUGUAAAGGAGUCGUCGAAGUACUUUUUCGGAAAUGACAACCAGGCAUUCCCCUACCCGGUGAUGAAGGUGUCCGGAGACAUAUACAACGCAUCAACGGAGGUGACCGUGACAAUUGAAGGACUCAUGAUCAGGACUGCGGACUUUGUAUCAGGGAUUGCCACGGUCAUUAUGAUUUACUGGGUGUAUGACAUUGUGUAUGACCCUAAGCUGAGGCGAACGUUCUCUGUUCUUGAUCGUUUUCUCGGACUCCCAAGAUCGGAGUCAAAAAGCCUGUUGGAAACCAAAUGUGUGGAGUCAAUCAGGAGCUACACCUUGGAAUCAAGGCAAUAAAGACGCUUGUUUCUUUCUGUUCAGCAUAUAUUUGC